CAAAAAUGGCGGACGGGAUUUUCCAAACGCCGACGCAUGCGCAGAGGUCCGGAGUUUUUCGGAAUAGGCCGAGCGUUUCCGGUGAUAGGUUGAACACCACCAAUUUAUACGUUUUGUUUAUUCAAAAAAGAUCUGGUUUACAAGUACACUAAAUAUGUUAUGCUAAAAUCAUAAUUCAUAAGAGCUUUCCGCGCCAUAGGUAGCACCUAAUUUCAUAUUAGUUUUCAAAAUGGAGUAGAAGGAAAGUUUUCACCAGAAUUUUUGCAAUUAUUUAUGAAAGUGAUUAUAUGAUGAGACAAGAAUGAGUUCAUCACUGAUUAAUGCUAACCCUGUGGUUUAUGAGAAGACCGGAGAGCGAGAGUGGCGACCUGAAGAUGAAGAUGAUGAUGUCAAAGAUGAAAUAGAUGAUCGCGAAGUUUUUGAUCUGAUCAGAUGCAUAAAUGAUCCAGAACACCCACUUUCAUUGGAGGAGUUGAAUGUAGUAGACUGUGAUAAUGUACAUGUGAAUGAUGCUGAGAGUACAGUGGAGAUUUUAUUUACCCCCACCAUACCCCACUGCAGUAUGGCAACACUGAUCGGUCUAUCCAUACGAGUUAAACUGCUACGAUCACUUCCUUCCAGAUUUAAAGUUGAUAUAAAGAUAAGCCCAGGAACCCAUGCCUCAGAGGAAGCUGUGAACAAACAACUAGCAGACAAGGAAAGAGUUGCAGCAGCUCUAGAGAAUUCACAUCUUCUUGAAGUUGUUAAUCAAUGUCUGGCAUCUAACAGGACCUCAGGAUAAACACCGUAUAUUACAUAUAAUCUCUAGAUAUGACAGAACAAUGAUAUCACCUCUACUAGAAUAUUAUAUUAGUUUUCCUGAAACCUAAAACACUAAGUUCAGAUAAGGCAAAAUGAUGGAUCUAUAA